AAACAAAAAAUAUCAUGGAAAGUAACCAGACAAAUUAAACAGUGAUUUCCAAUUCAUCAGACAUAGGUAUCAUAAAACAAAGUUCACUUUAAUAAGAAUUACUUGUUAUGGCAUCAAAAGUUGUUGGUGCAUCUAUCAGAGCUGUGAAGAAAAGGAAAUUGAUUCCUACCAAGCAAGCAAUCGUAUUGACGCAAGCAGCGGUAAGAAGAGUGAAAGAAAUAUUACAACAUGAACCCGAUGUGCUUGGUUUGAAGAUUGGAGUGAAGCAAAGGGGGUGCAAUGGAAUGUCAUACACAUUAGAAUAUGUCAACAAGAAAGAAAAAUUUGACGAAGAAGUUGAGCAAGAUGGUGUGAAGAUAUUGAUUGAUUCAAAAGCACAGAUGACAAUUCUCGGAACAGAAAUGGAUUUUGUUGAAGAUAAACUUUCUAGUGAAUUUGUAUUUAAUAAUCCCAACAUAAAAGGAACUUGUGGGUGUGGGGAAAGUUUUAAUUUAUGACCCUGUGUUUGAAGUUACUUUUCUUUUUUUUCUAAAUUCUGUUUCAAAUCGUUAUAAUAUAAAUAUUUUUACAAGGGCUAGAAAUGACAUUUAUCAUUUGUUAUUUAGGGUCUGAUAUUUUAGUUUUUCAAGAGUGUAAGCGUAAAGUGAAGACUGCCGCAAACAACUUUAAUAACUGAGAGCUGUAUAAUAUAAUGAAAUUUAAAAUUAUGGGAUAUGACAUCAUAACAAACUAUUGUCAGGAUCUGAAAUGUUAAUUUUUGAAAUUGCCAAGAUAAUGUUCCGCUUUGGGAGCUUCGUGAUUAUUGUUGAAACGGAAGUAUAUCAGCAUUUAGAAGACAUUAGCAUAAAAGACAAUUAAAAUGUUUAUAGCGUAGUAACUGAAGUCAAUAUUGAAUGUGAGCAAGGGGGUUGGGAUGAUACAGACCCUAAUUUUGUUUUAUAUUCUGUUUGUCCAUAUUUCCAUUUCUAACAUCAGUCGAUAAUGCUUAUGUGCAAACCUUCAAAAAGCUUGGUGAUUAAUUUAUCCUGACAGCCACAUGUCAUACUCUGCUGUACUGGUAUAUAUAUGUACGCUCAUGUUAACAAACGUGUUUUAGUCCUAAUUCAUGUUAUGUGUAUUUUCCAGACAUGUAGUUUUGGCUUUCAAAUGUUGAAUAUAUUGAAAGGAAUUAUUCUUGGUAUGUGUCCACUUAAAAGCAAGUCCAUUCAAUGUACAAAAUUCAACACACUUACGUAGAACUGUUUCUUCAAUAUACAAUCUUUGACUGAAAAUGCUGUGCCCACUCCAUUUAAGAUGUGAUUACUUAUGUUCCUACUUUGUAGUACUGUGUAUAGCAGAUUAUGUAAAAUAAAUUUUCUAUAAAUACUGA